AUGCUAGACUAUUUAUUUCUAUCAUCAAUUGAUCAAGCUGAAGGCGAUCUUAAUGGUGAAGUUAGUGAAAAUUCAAAUACCACCGCUACUGAAACUAAUAUAUCUUAUAGCAAUGUUUUCCCACUAUAUUCGAUUGCUACCAUGGUAACCACUCGCUGUCGUGCAAGACAAUUAUCACAUACUGGCAACUACAUCACUUUCAGACCAACCGAUGAUGACUCAAACCCAACACAUCCACAAUCAACUUCGUUCAUUCCUGCAGUUUUUGUCGAUGACUCACGAAUUGAAUAUACUGAUGAACUCAACAAAUUGAAAGAAGCACAACAUCGGGAUGCUGAUUUACAACAUAGUAGACGACCUUAUAAAUCAUAG